GGGGUCGGUGGGCGGCACCUCCAUGCACAGCUGAUCUGAGCUGAGGCCCUCGACCUCCGCUCCAGCGCAGCUCGAGCUAGCCUCGAGGGUGAGGCGCUGGCCUGGGGAAUGAGAGCGUGCAUAUAUACAUGUAACACGCGAGCAAACCGUGCAUUGGCAUUGUUGUUGUGGACUGUCUUUGAAAAAUGGCGACUUCAGAGACCAAAUUGUUUCUUGGCUUUGAUUUCAGCACACAAACAGCUAAAGCUAUAGCAGUCAAUGAUGCACUUCAGGUUGUCGUGGAAACCAGUGUUAACUUUGAUCAAGAUUUGCCAGAAUUCAGAACAGAGGGCGGAGUCCAUAUCCAUGAUGACCAGCUGACCGUGACCUCCCCUACCAUCAUGUGGGUCAAAGCAAUGGACCUUCUCCUGGACAGACUGAAGACAAAGAAGCUGGACUUCAGCAAAGUAGCUGCAUUGUCAGGGACAGGACAACAACAUGGGAGUGUAUUCUGGAAGCAUGGAUCACAGGCUGUGUUGAACAAACUUCAAUCGGAUAAACUCUUACAGGAACAACUGCAGGAUUCAUUUGCUGUAAAAGAUUCUCCAAUCUGGAUGGACUCCAGUACCACCGCACAGUGUAAAAACCUUGAAGAUAAACUAGGUGGCCCUCAGAAUGUUGCCAAUAUCACUGGAUCUAGAUCAUAUGAGAGAUUUACAGGAAACCAGAUAGCUAAGGUCUACCAGAAUCAUCCGGAUUUUUACCAAGACACAGAGCAUAUAUCUUUAGUGAGCAGUUUUGUUGCAUCCGUACUCCUGGGCGACUAUGCUGCUAUCGAUCAUAGUGAUGGAUCCGGAAUGAACUUACUUGAUAUCAACUCUAAGGAGUGGUCAGAGACAGCUUUAUCUGCAUGUGCACCUGAUCUAUCCCAGAGACUUGGUCCGUCAGUACCUUCCUAUACCAACCUGGGCAAAAUUUCAGGGUACUUUGUAGAUCGGUAUGGAUUCUCUCCGGAGUGUGCCAUUAUUGCAUUUACUGGAGACAAUCCAGCAUCCCUAGCUGGUAUGAGUCUUCAAGGAGGUGAUGUAGCCGUGAGUCUAGGUACCAGUGAUACCCUCUUCCUCUGGCUUACGACCCCUAGACCAGCCUUAGAAGGGCAUAUCUUUGUCAAUCCUGUCGAUGAUGAUGCUUACAUGGCUCUUUUAUGCUUCAAGAAUGGGUCCCUCACGAGAGAGAAGAUUCGAGAUGCAAGUAGCAAUGGUUCAUGGGAUGUUUUCAAUCAGCAACUCCUGAGUACCCCCAUGGGGAAUGGAGGCAAUAUUGGUAUCUACUUUCAUGUGCAAGAGAUAACUCCCUCAGCCGUUGGUCUUCAUCGGUUCAACUCAGAUGACCAACCUGUCGCGACCUUUGACCCAGUGACGGAGGUCAGAGGACUUGUUGAAGGUCAAAUGAUGGGCAAACGGUUACAUGCAGAACAGCUUGGUUAUGAUAUAGGUGGUGAUACCAGAGUUUUGGUGACUGGUGGAGCUUCAGCAAAUCAAGCCAUCUUACAAGUGAUAUCAGAUGUCUUCAAUGCUCCUGUCUAUGUCCUGGAUGUAGCCAACUCGGCCUGUCUAGGAUGUGCCUACAGAGCUAAACAUGGCUGGCUAGGUGGUGACAAAGUUUCUUUCCAUGAGGUUGUGAAGACAGCAUCAAACUACAAACAAGCAGCCACUCCUAAUACUCAUGCAGCUCAGGUCUACAACUCACUCCUAGAGCGGUACAAAGUUCUGGAGGACAAGAUAUCUAAGUAAAGAGGUGCUUCUUAGAAUCUCUUGAGACCAAUUAUUGUACAGCUACAGGAUAUUUGUAAUUCUGAAUUAUGAAGCCAAGCCAUCCCAACUCUUUGCAAACUGAAGCAAUAAUGUGUCUCACUUUGUCAUGAUUUUUGUUUUAUUUUAAGGAUGCAGUGUGUAUGAAACAUGUACAGUGUCCCGACAUUCCAUUCUCAAGAAAGAUACAUUAUUGAUAUCCACUCUUAAUAAUAAUAAAUUACAUAAAGAGACGAAAAAGCAUGGAUUGAGCUUGAUUGUUAAGUAAAAUAUUGUGCGUUAUAAGAUGAUGACGUGGAUCCUAAUCAAAUGAUUGGUUAAGGGCGUGACCAGGCAUUUAUUUUGCCUAAUGCCCUCACUGCUGUGUAUUAUUUGUAUACUAAUUAUCAUAAAUAAACCAUGUAUAUCACAUUUUCUUUUGUAAUUUGCUAGAGGGAGACCUUUGUCACACUAUAUGUGUGAAUAUAAUAGGGAAUCUUGCCUGACAUAUCACCACAGUCUAUGAAUUUCAUUUUUAGAUUCUUUAGAAUUUGGCAUUCAUGGGAUGACCAGUUGGGAACAAUAGCCCCACAGUCAAUUACAUAAUAACACCAGUGCUUACCAGUGCAUUUUGCAACUUUCCUCUUUCGACCCUUCCAAUUAUUUUGAUGCACUGCUCAUUCCAAGAAUGGAAAAUCAUAACUACUAUGGCAUCAAUCUAAUGAGAAAAAACAUUUUCUAAUGAAACUAAUCAAAGCAAUAAUUAUGCCAUGACAAGAGAGAAAUGAUCCAUCAAACUUGAGUUUCCAAACUUUUUUUGAGUGGUUUAUUUUGUUAUUAUAACUCCUUGUUAUUCCACUGAUCAUCCAAUGUAUCCUGCCUAUUUUACACAGGGCCAUUAUUUAAAGCUGACCAGUGUAUUAUCUUAUCUUGAUGGUAGGUUUUUUAUGAAUCUACAGAGUGAAUAAUAACGAAACAAGGUGAACGGAGAAUUAUGUUGAAGGCUUGAAGCAAUGAAAAAGGUGCACAAUAUGACAAACAACAAGUUCCUAUGCUGCCAACUAUGACAAUUCUCUCAUUGUAGACUGAGCUGCUCUAUACCAUAUUUGUUAUUACUUUGGUUCUAAGUGAUAGGGUGUGAUGACCUAUGCUUCCAGCCUUUGACCAGGUAGUGUUUGUGAGCAAAAGCGUAAUUUUGCCCCCUUAAAUUUAUAUGCUUCAUUUCUCACAUGAAUGCAAGUUGACCUUUGCUAUCAUAGUUGUGAUAACAAUUUUUAGAUGUAUUUCGAAAGUCAGUGAUGAUAAUGGGAGAUAUACAGAAUAUAGUCGAUCACUUAAAGGGUCUUUUUUUCCUCUCUUUUAAAGGAAAGUAGAUUCCUAUAUAGAUUUUGCAUUUCCAGAUUAGAUGAACAUUACAAAUACAACUCAAAAGAGUAUAUUAAAGUUGGCAUUGCAAAAACCUUUGAGACACAUUUACAAAUUAAUUGAAAAUUUGCUUGGUUGGUAUUGCAGGGGGAAUGUAACUUUAAAGUGAACAGCAGAAUCGUAAACAGUGUGUUAAAAUUAACCUGUCGCUCUUGAAUAUGAUAAGACAUUGCAGAUAUCAGUUUUAUUUUUGAAUUUAUACUUCAUUUAAAUAAUGGCUAGGAAGUGUUGAAAACACCUAUAUUUUUAUACCUGUUAUAUUCUAGAUAUAUGUAGAUAUGCAGUUGUUGUUUUUUUAAUCAAUUUUGCUGUAACAUAGGGUCUGCAAUGUUGUUGUAAUGUAAAGACAGGUUUGAAUUCAGAAGCAAGCCCUUACAUGGAUACAGGGAUAGCUUAAUAGAAAUUUGUCCAUUUAGAGAUGAUGUUUCCUUUGUAUCAUAUACAUGAAUGUAUAUUCAAGAUAAGAGAUUCAGUAGAUAUUGCUUGAAAAUACCAUAAGAGCAUGAAAUACAGCCUGUACUGUCUAGUUAUGAACCUCAGUAGCUGAAUUUAGAAGGUGAGAAUCGAUUUAAUAUUUUUUUGAUUUUGGUAUGAUUUUAACUAAUUAGAUGAGAAUAUUGGACCACACCAACAUUUAUAUAUGUUUCUGAAACAAAUAGGUUUAACCGAAUCUGCAGAAUGAAUUCUUAUCAAUUUUGUCUACAUAAAUAUUGCAGUAUCUCCAUGUUAUAUAAAAGAUAUAAAAGUGUGAAAAGUAAUUCACAAGUGAAGUGCUUUGAUAUCAGUUUGUGGAUGUAUGUCAAUAUGCAAUGUGAAUUAGCCUGCCAAUGUGAAAGUAUUAAAUUUUAUACAUAAUUGAU